AUGGUGGGUGCUGAUUUGAUCCGAGAAACUGAAGAAAAAGUUCAAAUUAUUCGAGAUUGCUUGAAAGAUGCAUAUGAUCAUCAAAAAUCAUAUGCGGAUCUGAAAAGGAAAGAUAUAGAAUUUGUUGUUGGUGAUCGGGUAUUCUUAAAAGUCUAUCCGUGGAAGAAAGUGUUACGUUUCUGCAGGAAAGAAAAGUUGAGUCCGAGAUUUAUCGGACUGUACGAGAUUGUUGAAAGAAUCGACCCUGUAGCUUAUAAAUUAGCUUUGCCCUCUGAACUCGAGAAAAUCCAUAAUGUGUUUCAUAAUUCAAUGCUGAGACGGUACAAAUCUGAUCCUUCACAUGUGAUUCCUCAUAGUGAGAUUGAGCUACAGCCAGACUUGACGUAUUCGAAAGAACCCGUAAGAAUUUUAGCUUGGGAAGAUAAAGAAUUGUGGAACAAAUGA